AUGCGUCCACUCAUUAGCAUUUUCAUUUCACUUCUCGUGAUUGGUGUCUGCAUGGCCUUUAUUCCGGUGACUCUUACAAACUCCGCUGAAAAGGACCCAAAUGCUGCACCAUUCCCUCUCUGCAACCCCUUUUGUCCAGGUGGUGCCGUGUACGUGUGUUGCGUCAGAUAUCUUCAUGUGCUCGGCGUUACUGCAAUGGAUCGGCGGCUUGGUGUUACUGAAAUCUUUGUCGAAUUCCAUGCCAUUCGUUUGUAU